AUACAUCCCGCGUGCUGGACACACUAUCACAAUAAACACCGCUAAUUUCUAAAGGGGAGUAAAUGACAAGGACGGGUAGGAGGGAAGAAAGGGGAGGGGAAUUGACAUUAAAGAAACACUACACACAAGGAAACUACACCGCAGACACGCACAAGCCUUCAUUUUAUGUUUUUGAUAAACAGCUUGACGGCGAGUGCGCGCACAAAAGUCUUACAUUGUAACACAGCGCUCAACUGAAGUGAGCAAAAGAAAAGCAGGAGCAGUUUCGCAUCAAAACCGUUUUCCGAUCGAGAAAUGGGCUCAGAGCCACCAUCAUCUCCUCAGGUGGUUGAGGAAGGAGCUGAUGAAGAGGAUGAGGAGUUGAGUGGUGCUGAAGAUGCAGACCCAAGGGCUUCAUCUGGCAGGGGUUCCCUUUUAACCAGGAGGGGCAUCACAUUAAGGGUUCUUUUAAAAGAUGGACUUGUGGAGCCCGGAGAUGGCUUUCUAUCCAUACACUACCUGGGUAAGAAGUUUGUGGGAGAUCUUUUGAACGACGGGAAGAUCCGUUGGGUGGAGACAGGGCAGAUUUUUAAUUCUCCAAGUGCCUGGGCCACGCACUGUAAGCGGCUGGUUAACCCUGCGAAGAAGUCUGGAUGCGGCUGGGCUUCGGUGCGGUACCGCGGACAAAAACUGGUCCAGUACAAAACCACCUGGCUUCAAAAAUACCAGCCCAGUGCUGACAUGAGCCUGAUAAGUGAAGGAGAGGAUGAUGAGAUGGGUGAUGAAGAUGAGGAAGAGGGGAAAACGCCCAUGCCACUGGAGGACAAGAAUAAAAAGUCCAAACAUGAGCUGCAUGAUAUUGGCCUGAUACAGAGGAGAGAACGAGAGAGAAUUCCAGUCAGGUAUUGCACUCUUGGCACCAGAGAUGCUGCAAGGGAUCCUCACACUCUCAUAGAGCUUUCCGCAUUUUCCGCGAUCAACCGCUUCCAGCCUUUCAAUGUAGCCGUGUCCAGCAAUGUUCUUCUACUAAUGGAUUUCCACUGUCACCUGACCACUAGUGAGGUGGUGGGGUAUUUAGGGGGCCGAUGGGACACUAACACACAGUUGCUGACUGUCUUGCGGGCAUUCCCUUGUCGCACACGGUUAGCGGAUAAAGACGCUGCACCUGCUGUUGAAGAAGAGAUUUGUCAAAAUCUUUUCAUGAGGGGACUGUCAUUGGUGGGAUGGUAUCACAGUCACCCGCGAGGUCCCGCCCUUCCAUCAAUACAGGAUAUUGAUUCGCAGAUGGAUCACCAGCUUCGCCUACAAGGCAGCAGUAAUGGAUUUCAGCCAUGUCUGGGGAUUAUCUGUGGACCAUAUUACCAUGGCAACCAGGGUGUUGCCUCCACCAUCACGCCAUUCUGGGUAGUGCCACCUCCAGAGCAAAGACCGAAUGAUUACGGAAUCCCUGUGGCUGUAGAGGUCACGUACGUGCAAGACAACUUCCUCACUACAGAUGUCCUCAAUGAGAUGAUGCUGUUGGUGGAGUUUUAUAGGUCUGCUCCAGACCUGGUGCAUUUUAGUCAGAUGUGGAGUCCUAAUACCUCAAUACUGGAUAAAAUUAAGGCUUCUCUGAGUGGCCAUGCACCCAAAGACCAAGCAUAUGCGCAGAUCCUGGAGCAUGUGUACAACCAACUGCGCAACACUCAGUGACUGGAGCAGUUUGUGUUAGUUAACUGUUAGAACUGUUUAUCAGUCAGUGCUAAUUUGGACCUCCUACCCUGUGCAUUACUGCCUGUGCACUGUUAUACUGUAUAUGAGAUGCCUUUAUGGAGGAUAUAUCAUAUAUGCUUCCGUUCAAACUGUUGCCUUUAGGACUGUUAGGUCUGUAUCACUGCUGUGGUUCAUGAGGUUCUGCAAUAUGUGUGCUUGUCUUCCUCUGUGGUAGAAAGGUUUGGUGGGUAGUUAGGAUAGACGGGUAAAUAAUUCCUUAUUCUCUUUAUAUGCUGGUAUUUAUCUGUUUGUGUGUUUAGAUUUGUGCCAUGUUAACUAACUCCCCAGUAUGGGAACAAUGCCUUUCACCUGCUGAAUACCUUAAAAAUACACUGGAACAAAUGAG